AUGAACAAGCCUUCAGUUCGUUCAGUUCAGGCUAUGGUUCUGAUAACCUACUUUCUUAUAAACGACAACCAUGCAUCUGAUGGGUGAGUCAUAGACCCAUGUAUCUCUAAUAUUAAGUACAUACAUAAACUAAGUUAUUACGAACUAGUUGGGCAUUCUCCGGUAUACUAACCAGACAGGCGUAUGCAUUGGGUCUUCACCGUGAUCCUAAUAUUGUCGUUGCAAACGCGACCUCUUGUAAGUAAAAUAGCAUGUCCAAUAUCUCCUACUUCUAUGACUCGUCAUGCUGCAACUUUCUGUCUAUCAAAUCUCUGAUCAGUUCAUCACUGAUCUCCAUCUAGUCGAAAAACAAUCUCGCCUAAAACUAUGGCAAGCCGUCCUCCUCCAAGACACCUUUCUCACAGUUCUCCUCUCCCUCCCACCAUCAGCUACCCACACCGACGUCUCAGUAACAUCCCUCUUUACCGACGACACUUCCUCCACAGACACCGCAUACAUAAAUCUCUCCUGGCGUCUCGCAUACCUAGUCCAACACUCCGUCUCCACCCCACGCCAAAACAAAGCUCCUCCAACAAUUCCACGCAAUCCACAGUUCCUUCCCCCACUCCUUCCUCACCCUCUCUCUCUCACCAAUAACCCCCAACCCGGACAUAAACAUGAGCCCACUCUCUCCACAAAUCCCCCAUCAAGCCACCAGAACCCCGCUCCGAACCCUGCGUCAAACCCUCUUCCUAACCUCUAACUACCACCAUAACAUCAUGCUUCUCCAUUCCUCCUCCAGCUUGCAGGUUGCCAUGGAUAUCCCUGGUGCGCUGGACGCUGCGCACUUCGCCAUCCACGCGUUCUUCAAACUAUGGGAGGUAUUCCGAGCGGAGGCUAAGGUCUGGUGGGUAUUUCAUCAUCGAGCCUUUUUGGAGGCACUGUGUAUUGGGGGUAUUUUGAAGGGGGAUGAUGAGGAUAGUAGGAAUCCGCGGUUAGCGGAGGAUGAUCCGUUUUUUGUUCGGGGGCGGGAGGAUAUUGGUAUGUUGAGUUCCUGAGAUGUGCAUUGAAUGGUUGAGCGGGAGUGAAAGUCAUGCUAAUAGGUUUGAUAGUGAGGAUGAUCGAUAUUAUGCGUCAGAUGUCGGAGGGUGAACAUGGGUCUAAGGUUGCGUUGACGAGGAUCUCGGUUUUGAGUGCGUAUAUAUGA